CCCUCUUUGGACACUCUUAGGACGACACUCUUUGAAAGAUGUGAAUUCGACUGUGAUUAGAAAUGAAUAGUGAAUAAUGAUUAUAGGUUAAAAAGAAAAACAAAUAUUUCUACAAACAUUUCAAACGUCCUUUACGCAUAAUGGCUAGAAUUGCAAUAGAAAAAUAUUUACAAAAAUGUAAAUCCAAUCAUUUGGUAUACAUUUUUACGAGAGGGAAAUGUUCUUAGAGCAUUUAGAUCAAAUGUUUAUCGACAAGAAAUGUCAACGCAAGCUUCCACUAUUAUUAGGCAAGAAGAAACAAAUGACGAAACUAAAUUCACCAUUAAUCCUCUGAAACAUCCAGACUUUUUUCAAGUACACAAUAUUUUUACUGUCAAAGAUUUAUUUGACGCAAUGGUACACUAUGGUCACAAGGAAGGUACUUUACAUAAUAAUAUGCGUCCUUUUAUAUUUGGAUCUAGAUUAGGGCACUUGAUAAUAGAUUUAAACCAAACGGCUGAACUCUUACGACAAGCAUUGAAUUUUGCUGCUCAUAUCGCAUUUCAAGGUGGAUUAAUUUUAUUUAUUUCGAAAAAUCCUGCAAGUACUUACAUUGUAGAAAAAACAGCUAAGGAGUGUCAAGAAUAUGCGCAUACUAGAAACUGGAAAACUGGAACAUUUACUAAUUCUGUUAGAAUGUUUAAAUUGGAAACUAGAUUACCCGAUCUCUGUAUAUUUAUUCACACUCUUGACAAUGUAGUCGCACCGCAUCCUGCAAUCAUUCAAGCAGCAAAAAUGUGUAUACCUACAAUUGGUAUUGUUGAUACAAAUUGUAAUCCUAAUCUUAUAACGUACCCAAUUCCUGGUAACGAUGACACACCCAGUGCUAUUGAACUUUAUUGUAAACUUUUAUCCGCGGCAAUACUGCGUGGUAAAAAUGCUAGGAAAACUAUUUUACAAAAGUCAUCGAAUAGCAAAGAAUCUAUCGAAUAGCAAUUGUUAAUGUUUCAUAUGUAAAAAUGUAAAAUACAAUUCUCUCUUCAAUA